UCAAUACUCGAUUAAAUUGUAUUUUAUAAGCCGCGUAUAUUUUUGCAAAUUUUGUCGGAUUUCGAGCGAUUUAUUAGGCAAUUUUGGAUGCAUUUAGAAGUUAAGAGGACAGACAACGAUGGCAUGUAUCGGGACUGCCUAAAAAAGUGUGUUUAACCGAAAAUAAAGUGCUUAUAAAGUGUAGGAACUGCCCAGUUUUUCGUCCCUUUGUUUUGUUUUUUGUUUCGUGUAGACAUAUUUACGACGAAAUUGCACAAAUAAUUUAUGUAAAAAUAAAAUAAAUUUAUAAGAAAGUGCAGAAAAACAAAUAUUAUUUAGAAAUGGCUCGUGAUUACGAUCAUCUUUUUAAAUUGCUAAUCAUCGGAGACAGUGGAGUCGGAAAGUCAUCCCUCUUACUUAGGUUUAGUGACAAUACAUUCACAGGAACGUACAUUACAACAAUAGGUGUCGACUUUAAAAUUCGAACUGUCGUAAUCGAUGGCGAACGCGUCAAACUACAAAUCUGGGAUACUGCUGGUCAAGAACGUUUCAGAACCAUAACGAAUACAUAUUACCGUGGCACUCACGGCGUAAUUGUUGUGUAUGACGUCACAAAUGGUGACUCGUUCGCCAAUGUGAAACGAUGGUUGCAGGAAAUCGAAUCCAAUUGUGACGUUGUCAAUAAAAUAUUAGUUGGAAACAAGGAUGACGAUCCCGCUCGGAAAGUUGUAAUAACGGAAGAUGCUCAACGUUUUGCCAACCAAAUGGAUAUCCAGUUGUUCGAGACCUCAGCCAAAGAUAAUAAAAAUGUGGAAAAAAUGUUUUAUGCAAUCACGGAGCUGGUGCUGAAACACAAAAAACAGCAACAGAGGCUCCAAAAUGCCAACGACAAGAAUGACGUUGUUCAGUUAGGGAAAGUUAAUAAUAAAAAGAAAGGCAGUAAAUGCUGUUAGAGUACACUAAAUAACAUAAUUUCUGUAUAAUUUUAAAUAUAACUAAACACAGUAAAUACAUUUGUCCAUAACAAGAAGGAUAGUUAUCAUUUUGUUUGUAUAAGAAUAAAAAUAUGUAAUAAAAUUAUUCAUGAAAUAUUAA